AUGAAAGCAAAUUCAGUGACAUCAUUUGUAUUAUUGGCAGUACUAGUUCUUUUGCUCACACUGUCUCUUGUUGCUGAAACUAAAACCUCUCCACAAAACCACACACAUGAAGCAGAACUAAGAGGAGAUAGAAAAAGCAGAAGAAACAAACACAGUGGAGGAAGAAGAAGGAGAGGAUCAUCAUCAUCAAAGUGUGAUCCAUUUUACUUAUUUCUAUAUGGAAGAUGUGGCCAUUGGCCUUUUCCUACUUUCACAUGCCCUCAAAACCCUUUUGACCAAACACCAACACCAUCAUAUUCAUAUCCUUAUUUUCCACCUCCACCAAUAACUUACACUCCAAGAAUCUCACCACCACCACUUCAAUAUUUUCCACCACCUUUAUUACCUCCACCACCACCGUCACCACCACCACCACCACCUCCACCACCAUCACCACCACCACCGUCCCCACCACCACCAUCGCCACCACCGCCUUCGCCACCACCUCCAUCACCACCGCCGCCAUCUCCACCGCCGCCAAUAGCGUGUCCACCUCCGCCUGUUCCGCCGUGCUGCCCUUUACCACCACCUGUUACGCCGUGCUGCCCUCUGCCGCCGGCCUUACCGCUACCUCAGCCGCCACCGUUGGUUCCGUCGCCGCCGCCACCUGGGCCUACGUUGAUAAUUCCGCCACCUCUUGCCCUUCUUCCUCCGACGCCUGAAAUACCAACGUUUCCGUGGCUAUCACCUCCCAACCCCUUCGUCACAGCACCACCAUUGGUUCCAGUGUUUUCUACGCCACCGGUUUUCACUGCGCCGCAGACGCCGGAUAUUUUGUUGCCGCCGCCAUUGGUCCCCGACGUGCCACCGGCCUUCACCAUGCCGGACGACCCGCCGUCUUUUAUCAUGCCCACUACGCCGGAUAUUUCCCUGCCGCCGCCGGAGCUUCCGGAGGAUCCACCGUCGUUUAACAUGCCCACUACGCCGGAUGUUUUCUUGGCACCACCGGAGCUUCCGCAAGACCCGCCGGAGCUUCCACAAGACCCGCCGGAGCUUCCACAAGACCCACCGGAGCUUCCGCAAGAGCCUCCGGAGCUUCCACAAGACCCACCGCAGCUUCCGCAAGAGCCUCCGGAGCUUCCACAAGACCCACCGGAGCUUCCGCAAGAGCCACCGGAGCUACCGGAGCUUCCGCAAGAGCCACCGGAGCUCCCUCAAGAUCCACCGGAGCUUCCACAAGAGCCACCGGAGCUUCCAGAUGAGCUACCGUCUACCGGAGAAUGA